GUCAAGUGAAAUGUCAAAUUAUCACGCGCGUGCUUUGCAGUGCAUGCUUUGAUUGUUUGUUUUGUACAAAAGGAAAUUAGGAAAAUAUGAACGGCCUCUCACCUGAUCGUGCUCUUUUGAUGGAGAUUGCCUUGGAACUCCUGGGGAAUACAGUGCACGACAUUCAUGGCAGGAAGAAGAGCAAUUUGGUGGAGUUAUUCAAGGAAAAUGUCUUUUCAAGUAGCAGAAACCAUCAAGGAGCUCCGGAAGAUCCCCCACAGAGAGAAUUCAUCCAGCCUCGUUAUGGAACAAAUUCUCAUCCCUUUGCCAAUGAGGAGUUAGAUGAGCAGCAGUACAUGCUGGAGGAAUUAAGUAAUGCCUUCAACUCCCAGGAAGAUCUGCAGCAGAAGGAGAAGAAUGAUAGAGAAUUUGUGGAGUCAAUGCUGAGAAAAAUCGAUAUUGAAUAUGCUAAUCUCAAGAAGAUCAGCAGCAAGCAGAGACAGAGCUACUUCCUGAACUUCUGGGUUCGUGUUGUUAAUGAACAUUCAGAGUGUCCUGAUGUUACCGAAGAGGACAUUGAUGUCAUCGCUCAGGAAUACUUUGCAGUUGAGCAGAGAAACCUCGAGGCGCAGUGCAAGGAUUUCAAGGAGAAGAUCAUCGAGAUGAAGAGAUCAGCAACAUCCGACGAGGAAAUUGUUAAAAUCCGAAGGAUCGCUGAGAAAAUUGCCCUUGUUAAGAAAGCUCUCGAGGAAUCCAUAAGGAAUCCUUCAGAGAAUUGCUGACAAACACUUGAAGAGGUUCCCAAAGAGGAAUCUUCUGGUGACAAAAUUAACGAUAUUCCGGAUAAUUCUAUUUGUGAUUGAUACUCCGACUGAAAUUUAGAUAUUUUUCCCUCAAUAAUUUACGCCAAGAAUCCAUCUAAGCUGUUACCCAAUUUGGGAAGAGUUUUGAUAAUCUAAAGAGAUUCAUUUUUUGUGUAAAUAGAGGACAAAGAUUAAAAAAUAAUUUGUAAAGAUUUGUAAUAAUUGAAAAUAAAUAGAAUUAUUUGUAUAGAA